AUGAACUUGCGCUCAGUGUUAUGGUCACGCUUGACGUGGAUUUUCUCGUCAUUCACACUCUUCAUCUUAUAUUUAACAGAAUACAGAAAUUAUCACGUCAAGUAUGCUUAUCUAGCUGAUAGGUAUUCCAAGUUACUGGUACAUUCUGGUGGCCUCAGUGCUCAGUUACAACUCAUGAUGGAACGAAAUCAUCGAGCCGAAAAAAUGUUAACUGAUAUGCGGAAUAGGCAUUCACAGAUUAUCAAAGAAAUUGAUAAAAAACAGCAUGGUAAUGAACUUUUGUGGUCGCUCUGUAAGAAUGCGUUAUACAAAUGUUUUAUUGGAGUAUUAAAGGGAAGUGAGCAAAAGAAGCGUAAGAAAAUACUUAUCAGUUAUAAAGAUGUGAAAUAUCGAAACUGUAUUGUUGAAUGCCAGGAAAAUUUAUGUUUUGGAAGAAAAUUAGAUUGGGGCUUCUUGUAUCCUUAUCUUCUAGCAAAUAAUACCGUUCAGAUUUUCAAAAAGCAAUUAGUUACUGAAUUAUUGGCAUUCAAUUUGUCUAACCGUUUUAUAGGACUUCGUUUUAUAGAUGCAAAUACAGAAACAUAA